UCUUAGGCUCCACCCAAGAGCUCCCCAGGACUAAGUAUUUGGGAAGGAACCAUUCCUGUGGAGCAAUCGAUGCAGAAAUUCUCUGACGAGGAGCCUUGAUCUCACACUUCCUCUGGUUCUUACUGUCUUGUGAGAAUCUGUCAUCUGCUAACGUGCACCAAGAGUCUAACUGGGCUGAGGCUGGCCGUGUCAGAAUCAUGGCCCCCAGAGACACCGCCCUCUUCUGCCUUGUGCUCUAUCUGGGCCAGAAGAUUCAGGCACAGGAUGGGGACCUUCCCAUUCCCACCGUAUCUGCCACGCCUGGCUUCCUGGUUCCCCGGAAUGAGUCUGUGAAAAUCCUGUGCUGCGGAACUCCUGAGUCUUACCUGUACCAACUGGAGCUCCUGGGAAACGCCACGUACAAAGUGGUGGAGAGGAAGCUGGGAUUUCAGAAGGAGGCUGAGUUCACCAUUAACCAUGUGGGUGUAAACUCCGCGGGGCGUUAUCGGUGCCAGUACAGGAAGCAGCACCGCUGGUCAGAGCACAGCGAAGCCCUGGAGCUGGUGGUGACAGGCUUGUAUGACAAACCCUUCCUCACCACAAAUCAGAGCCUUGUGGUGAUGCCGGGGGAGAAGAUUUCCCUCUGGUGCAGUUCAGCACACAUCCCGUUUGAUAGAUUUUCACUGAGCAAGGAGGGAGGGGCCACUCUGUCGCAGCACCAAAACGCGGGGCACCAGGGUGACUUCAUUCUGGGCCCUGCGGACUCCAGCUUCUCAGGGAACUACACAUGCUACGGCUGGAAGAGCGGCAGCCCUUAUGUGUGGUCAGCCCCCAGUGAUGCCCUGCAGCUUGUGGUCACAGAUACGAGGAACCACGAUUACAUGACAGAGAAUUUGGUCCGGAUGGGUGUGGCAGGGCUGGUCCUAGCGGCUCUCCUGGCCGUACUGGCUGAACACUGGCGCAGCCAUCAGGUUCCACACAAUAAACAGAAAUGUCAGGCAGAAUGAGCCUCUGGAUUGACUCCUGAGUCAGCAGGCAGGCGCCAGGCACUGGCGCAGGAACGAGUCGGCGCUCGCGGCGUCCCCCCGAGCUCCGUGGAGAACACAAGGGAGGAAGACGCACUGACAAGUCUGGGUCCCUUUUCAGACCAAUCCGACGGUAUUUUCUUAUAUGUUCUGACGUAUUUGCAGCCCGCCUUUCUAGACACCAGUGAUAAAAUUCUCAGUAUAAUCUUGGCUUCACUCAUUUCCUGUGAUAAAAAAUAAUGCAAAGCAUUUUCAGUUCUCCUUGACGACUGCUUUUCACCUUUCCUUUAUAGAAGUUCUGCCUUAUUGAUUCACUUUGUCUUGAAUUUAUUAACAAAACCAAAUACCAUUAUGUCCUCCUAUAGAAGACCUUAACACUUAGAAUUCCAUCAAUUAUAAAUGCCAUAGUCAUUGAUUAUGAACACUGUCCACUCAGCAUGCCAUACGUUCCGUGACGUAAGUCUGCGUCUAGUUUUCCCGGCACCACCAUUUGUGUGUUGACGCAUGCUUUGUCCACUGUCAAGAACUUUCUUGUUUUUAUGAAACUGACCCACUUCAGAAUGUCUCGUGCCUGCAAUGAAAAGUAAACAGACUUGUGAAAACAGGGGGAAAAGCUUCUCCUUCGGAUUUUCUCAGCACUUUAAGCUAUUUAAUCUGUUGGUUCAUCUUUUUGUAAUAUUCAUCACAAGAAAACAUAAAACGCUGGAAAUACUUAUUUAAAUUAUGUUGACAAAGGGAAUGUUAAUGAUGGAGCCAGACAAAACCACAAGGAAGUGCCUCCGUUUCAGAGGAGGGCUGAUGAGAGACUUUACAUCAGAUCCAAGAUUUGGACCAGAGAAAUGCAGUUGGGUUUGAUUCCAAGAGAGGGAUAAGAUUAGCCUCACACACAUGGUUUUGUCUAUGGUAGGACCAUGUUUGGAAAAGGGGUUCUGAGAAUAAAAAGGUUCUGCACUCCCAGGAAUAUACUCUCCUCUAGCCGGGAAGACAAGCAACCACCAGAACUGGCUUUUAACCCAUCAUCAGUCACCACUCACCUCAGUGAAAAUGCCUUGGAGAGCCAACCAAUCAGACAGCACCUUGGGUCUAAAUGUCAGCCAGUAAGAAACAGGAUCACUCCAGGGAACACACCUGUGAGUGACAGCCAAUCAAACGGCCUCCCUCGAGUAAGCAUGAUUUUCCGGAUGACGUCAAACCACAAGACCCCUGAACACCCGCAUUACCCCAAAACCCUGUGUAGGGUCAUCAGUCGGCUCUGCUCAGCGAUACCGCGUCUGGCCAGCAUAACUCUCUGUUACUGUAGUAAAACUAAGUUUGGCUCUGCCUUUUUCUUUCAGACAUUGAAUAGUAAGUACAUUAGCCUUUGACAGUUCAUAUAGCAGAUUGAUUUAGGUUAAGUAUAAGGUUUGGCUCAUGGGCAAGUAGUGUGGUGGCUUAUAAUCUAUGACCUUCAGGUCUAUGUUAGGCAGUGUGCUGGUCAUUUAUUUACAUGAGCAUAGUGUAGCCCUGUGAAUUUUAUUUUAAUCAACCCACAUGUCACAUGAGCAAACAGAGGCUCAGAAAUGAUAUGAUUUGGAUAAUGAUAUAAAUGUGUGGAUACAGAGUUUCAGUUUGGGAAGACAAAAAAGUUCUGCAGAUGGAUGGUGGUGAUGGCUGCAUGAUGAUAUACAUGUCCUUAAUGCCACUGAACUGUACACUUAAAAAUGGUUAAAAUGAAACUAUGCUCAUUAAACAACAACUCCCUUUUGGGGAGACAGAGUUUCAGUUUUGCAAGAUGAAAAAGUUCUAGAAAUUUGCCUCACAACAAUGUAAAUGUACUUUUAAUUACUGAACUGUACAGAUAAAAAUGGUAAAGACAGUAAGUUUCACAUAUGUGGGGUUUUUUUUUACUAUAAUAAAAAAAUUUUAAAUAUGGUUAAAAUGGUAAAUUUUCUGUUAUG